ACUUCCGGAAGUGGUGGUUGUUCAGCAUGCUGGCGGACUUGGGACUGAUCGGGACCAUCGGCGACGAUGACGAGGUGCCGGUGGAGCCCGAGUCCGACUCCGGAGACGACGAGGAGGAGGGCCCCAUCGUGCUGGGUAGGAAGCAGAAGGCCCUGCAGAAGAACCGCAGUGCCGAUUUCAACCCUGAUUUUAUUUUCACUGAGAAGGAGGGCAUGUAUGAUGGCAGCUGGGCCAUGGCUGACGUCAUGAGCCAGCUCAAGAAGAAGAGAGCAGCCACUACUUUAGAUGAGAAGAUUGAGAAGGUGCGGAAGAAAAGGAAAGCAGAGGAGAAAGCAGUCAAGUCUGGGGAGUCGGAGGAGAAAGAAGCUAGGGUGGGCUGUGAUCCAGAGGAGCCAGAGGACGGGGAAGGGAAGGAUGAAGACUCUGCUGAUGAAGAGUCAGAGACUGACUACUCCUCAGCUGAUGAGAAGGUCCUCACCAAGGCAGAUACACUCAAAGUAAAGGAGCGGAAGCGGAAGAAGAAGGGACAGGAAGCGGGAGGAUUCUUUGAAGACGCCUCCCAGUAUGACGAAAGCCUUUCCUUCCAGGACAUGAACCUCUCCCGGCCUCUCCUGAAGGCCAUUACAGCCAUGGGCUUCAAGCAACCCACCCCGAUCCAGAAAGCCUGCAUUCCCGUCGGUCUGCUGGGGAAGGACAUCUGCGCCUGUGCCGCCACGGGGACAGGUAAAACCGCAGCCUUCGCCCUCCCCGUCCUGGAGCGUCUCAUCUACAAGCCCCGCCAGGCCCCGGUCACCCGCGUGCUGGUGCUGGUGCCCACCCGCGAGCUGGGCAUCCAGGUCCACUCGGUCACCAGGCAGCUGGCUCAGUUCUGCAGCAUCACCACCUGCCUGGCCGUGGGAGGCCUGGAUGUGAAGUCCCAGGAAGCGGCGCUGCGGGCGGCCCCCGAUGUCCUCAUAGCCACCCCUGGUCGGCUCAUCGAUCACCUCCACAAUUGUCCUUCCUUCCACCUCAGCAGCAUCGAGGUGCUCAUCCUGGACGAGGCCGACAGGAUGCUGGACGAGUACUUCGAGGAGCAGAUGAAGGAGAUUAUCCGCAUGUGCUCCCAUCACCGCCAGACCAUGCUCUUCUCGGCCACCAUGACGGAUGAGGUGAAAGAUCUGGCGUCUGUCUCCUUGAAGAAUCCCGUCCGGAUAUUCGUGAACAGCAACACAGAUGUGGCUCCCUUCCUGCGGCAGGAGUUCAUCCGCAUCCGGCCCAACCGGGAAGGGGAUCGGGAAGCCAUCGUGGCAGCGCUGCUGACGAGAACCUUCCCCGACCACGUGAUGCUGUUCACCCAGACCAAGAAGCAGGCGCACCGCAUGCACAUCGUGCUCGGGCUCCUGGGGCUGCAGGUGGGCGAGCUCCACGGCAACUUGUCGCAGACGCAGCGGCUGGAGGCGCUCCGGCGCUUUAAAGAUGAGCAGAUCGACAUCCUUGUGGCCACGGAUGUGGCAGCCCGUGGGCUGGACAUCGAGGGGGUCAAGACGGUCAUCAACUUCACGAUGCCCAACACCAUCAAGCACUACGUGCACCGCGUGGGGCGGACGGCCCGCGCUGGCAAGGCGGGGCGGUCCGUGUCUCUGGUGGGGGAGGAAGAGCGGAAGAUGCUGAAGGAGAUCGUGAAGGCGGCCAAGGCCCCAGUGAAGGCCCGCAUCCUUCCUCAGGAUGUGAUCCUCAAGUUCCGGGACAAGAUUGAAAAAAUGGAGAAGGACGUGUACGCGGUGCUGCGGCUGGAGGCGGAGGAGAAGGAGCUGCAGCAGUCAGAGGCCCAGAUCAAUACAGCAAAGCGGCUCUUGGAGAAGGGGCAGGAGGCAAAAGAACAGGAGCCGGAGAGGAGCUGGUUCCAAACCAAAGAAGAGAGGAAGAAGGAAAAAAUUGCCAAGGCCCUGCAGGAGUUUGACUUGGCUUUAAGAGGAAAGAAGAAAAGGAAGAAGUUCAUGAAGGAUGUGAAGAAAAAGGGGGAGAUGACAGCGGAGGAAAGGUCCCAGUUUGAAAUCCUCAAGUCUCAGAUGUUUGCCGAGCGCUUGGCCAAGAGGAACCGCAGAGCCAAGCGGGCCAGGGCGAUGCCUGAGGAGGAGCCGGCCAGAGGCCCCGCUAAGAAGCAGAGGAAGAUCUCGGUGUUUGACGAAGAACUCACCAACACCAGCAAGAAGGCCCUGAAACAGUAUCGAGCCGGCCCUUCCUUUGAAGAAAGGAAACAGCUGGGGCUGCCCCACCAGAGGAGGGGAGGAGCCUUCAAGUCUAAGUCCAGGUACAAGAGGAAGAAGUAGCUGUGGCUGGCUAAGCUCCACUUGGGAAGUUGGCUUGAUAUGUUUUUUUUUUUCUCCAUUUGUAAAAAGUUCUUGAAAGUUUUGUAUUAAAAAAAAAAAUUCUUUGUUUCUGUGAGCAUCCC